GGUUUCAGACGGAAAAUGGAAAAACCACGUGAUUUCCGUAUUCCGUUUUUGGAAUGAAACGAAAAAACAAACUAACAAAACGUACACGGACCGAACUCCCAUGAUGCACUGCACUGCCAACGUAUGCAAACAGGAACAUGGCUACCGGUGCUUAACAUCAGCAGCCUAUCGUUUCAAUACACUUCUGUUGACCUGAAACCGCCUGUGACAAUAUAGUAUUCGCCGUGCCUCCGCCGCAGAGGAAGAGCCUUCUCGGAGUUCAUCGGCGGAGCAGCAGAGCUUCUGACAACAGCUUCUUCGUUGUUCAUCAGUCACAGACAGGUCUGUAAAAUGUGCUGCUUGCUGUCAAUUGUGGGUCAACAUGGCGAGUCCAAGGACCAGAGGAGUUCUGAAGGAAGUGAGAACCCAAGACGAGAAUAAUCUAUGUUUUGAGUGUGGCGGUUUUAACCCUCAAUGGGUUAGUGUGACCUAUGGGAUCUGGAUUUGUCUUGAGUGCUCUGGCAAGCACAGGGGCCUGGGAGUACAUCUCAGUUUUGUGCGCUCUGUCACCAUGGACAAGUGGAAAGAUAUUGAGCUUGAGAAGAUGAAAGCAGGAGGAAAUGGAGUAUUCCGUAUAUUUCUUGAACUCCAGGAUGAUUAUGAUCCUACCUGGACGUUACAGGAGAAAUACAACAGUAAAGCUGCUGCACUCUUUAGAGACAAGGUUGUAACUUUAGCAGAGGGUAAAGAGUGGUCUAUUGAGACAUCCCCUGCCAGAAACUGGACAUCUCCUCAACCCAAGACCAGCCUUUCAUCCUCUCAUCGCUCUGGAGGACCUGGACAAAGCUCAGCAAAGCCUAACGACAAAGCUUUUGAAGACUGGUUGAGUGAUGAUGUCAACUCAUAUCAGAGUGGAGGGGGCUAUUGUGGGAAUCAAGAGAAUCGGUAUGUCGGCUUUGGCAACACAGUGACCCCAGAGAAGAAAGAGGAUGACUUCAUCAACAAUGCCAUGACUUCGAUUUAUUCAGGCUGGAGCACCUUUGCUGUUGGAGCAAGCAAGUUUGCUUCUAUCGCUAAAGAUAAUACCUCUAAACUUGCAAACCAAGCAACCUUAAAGGUAAAAGAUGGCACAUUUCUAGACGAAAUGACAGUCGGCAUCACUGGGCUGGCAACCAAGGUUCAGGGAGCUGGUUCAAAAUUGACUAAUCUCUUCUCGGGAAAACCGGAGGAUGGGUCUACCGGAGAGAGCUACCAGAACAUGGAUGCCACUGAGGGAUAUCAGGGCAGUACGAGUCAGCCGGUCACUAAGGACUUUUGGGAAACCUUUGGCAGCAGCAACUCCUUAAAGGCCACGAAAUCACCCAGCAGUGACGGCGGGACCAUCGCAGAUAAUUCUGCAAAGCAGAGCUCUGACAAUUGGGUCUCUGAAGCAGCGUCCAACAAGAAACACGGCACAGAGGAGAGCUGGGAAGCCUGGGAAAACAACUGGGAGAACGCCGAUGGCAAGACGAAGAAGAGUCCCACGAAACCUGCUGAGGAAACCUGGGAUAAUGCAGACUGGUAGUGACCUCACAGCCAUGCAUCCCCUCCCCCUUUUCCCCACUCUGGCCUUUUCCUUCCGUUUCUCCCGCUGCUCAUCUCACUGGCACUUUUAGGGAAAUAGCUGUCUCAGCUUAGUUCCUAUGAAUCCAUUCAAAAUAUAUUUAUUAUAAACUCAAGAAACAAUAAAUGAAUCCCAGGGUUAAGUUUUGCUCAUUGUUUAAGGUUUAUUCUUAAUCUACAACUAUACUGACUUGCAGUCAUGUAUUUGUUUGUAAAUUGCCUUCAUCAUUAGGAAGUGAGAAUAAAUCAGUGUAGAUAUGGUCAUAACUUCCUGCCUGGGCUGCCCAAGCAUAAUACUCUAAACAAAGAAUACAACAGUGUUAUUGGAUUAUUCAUACUGGUUCGCAAUUCAAAUAUAAAACCGAUGCAUGACGGAGAAAAUCUGGUACUGUAAAUAUAAAUUCUUGUAAAUACAGUAUGAGUGACUAAACAUUAAUGACAUGAUUUUCUGUUGGUUCAAUCAAAUUAAUUUGUUUUGACCUUGGACCGUUUGCACAUUUUGUUCUCAUACAAAUAUUUAGAUUUGAGCCCUUUCUCCUUAUUUAGUCACAACGUGUUAUAUCGAAUCAGAGGAACGACCAACCAACUGGCUUUUAUUUGUCAAGUCUGUGUGAAUACGUACCAUUUAAAUGAAAUACAUUUUCUAAUAAGUUGGACCUACACUAAUUUACUGUAGUAGUAUUAUCUUUUAUAUGUAUAUUUUUAAAUGUGCAAAUAGUCAAUGGGUUUGAAAACAGAGCUGUGGAUACAUUAUCAUGUUUUUAAGAGCAGAAAGUAAACUUGAUGGUUAACAAUUAAAUUUGGAGUGUCCCAAAUGAAUAAAAUGUAUCAAUAAUUGCCCCUUUUUAAAUUGUUAUAUUGGUGUUCACACUGGUGUCAUUUCGACUGUUUCUGAACAUGUAUGUACGGGCAUUUAACAUCAAUGAGCUGUUGCAAUUAUUAUUUUUAGUUGGUUGAUACAAGAUUGUAGUUUUACUGUCACUCUUUUCCAUCGUCACCAUCAACCGCUGUCAACCUGUCAAACAAUCCUUGCAAAGUUAAAAUAUUAUUUUUAGGCAUAUCCCCAAAAUGAUGUUAGGAUGUUUUGGGCUUAUGCAGCUCUAACAGUAAUAUUGUUUUACACUUCGUUAAGUUUCCACAUUGUUCUUUUUUAAAAAAACAUUUUACUUUACAGCUUUAAUGGUUGAGAAUUGUCAAAUACAAGGAUGAACUGUAUUACUCUUAUGAACCUAGAGGAUGAUCAGAAACAGAGAAUAAUGCCUCAUAUUUUGAAAGACACUUGUUGGUUCAGCAAUUUAAUCCAUAAUAUUGCAAUUUCAAGAUUUGAUAUUUUUUAAUAAUUUGUCAAGAUUAUAUAUAUAUAGUUUAUUGCAGAUAAUUCCACUCAUUGCAGGAUGACAUACUGUACAUACUGUAUGCGAGUGUCGAGGUUGUGUUUCAAUACGUGGACAGAUGUUAACUGCAUGGGGUUGCCUGUAACUUGUGACCUGAACUGACUGGUCAUUGUACAUUUAUUCUCGUGUGAAGCAACUCUGUGUUCUCCACAUCUGGGUUAUUGCAGCACCUUGGUCAUUGUGUCUUGUGAGGAGUUUUGUUUCACAGAUAUCUUCAUACUUGUUAACGAGGCUCAUUGUACGCUGGAUGUUUCGACAGUCGUUGCGCUCAAGCACUUGUUAUUUAAUUAAUUUGCAUCUGCGAUGAACGCACUGUUCAUCGCAGAUGCAAAUUAAUCUUUAAAACGUCCAUUGUUUAAAUAAUUGCAAAUGUAAUCCGUGUUAAAAAUGGUGUAGUAAACUUAAAUUUCAAACCAGUCAUCGAGGUUUAGAACUAGGACAAUUUGCAGAACCUGACUUUCCCAUGUGGCCUUUAAUUCCCAAUAACAUGUGGCGUUGCAACUUCAUCAUACUUUAGAUGACUGUAAAGUUGAAUUUGCCUGUACAUGUAAUAACAAACAGAUGCCCAGUCUUCAUAGAUGAUGCAAAGCCCUCAAACUAAACUCAAGUUCAUUAUACUUGAACCAACUCCAGGUCGGGGUUAGAUUCUUUUAUUUUUAUUUUUUGUUUAAAACAUGAUUCUAUGAGGUUUGGUGUCUCUAAUCUGUGCCCAGUACUUGCAUAUAGAGCAGCCUACCAGUGUAAUCAGGCUGCUGGAUUGUUUGUUAUUGGGGUGUUAUAACACUUUGCUAUACCUCUGUAGGCAGUACUGCUCAGGCCUCAUGAUUAGUAAAUAUGCCAUUUUACUAUUGCAGGUUUUAAUGUGGGAAAGCGAUUUCCUGGGAACUUUAUUCCAUGCCCAUUUCCUACCUCUUAAGAAGUGUUCAGUUUACGGGGUGUUUUUUAGUAGAGGAACUUGUUUCUUCUGAACCUUCAGCAUUGUUUUGAUGUCGACCUGAUUGCAGCAGGCUUUGCUGUGGCUCAUCUUGCCUUUGUUGAAGGAAGUGUGUUAAAGCAAAGCAACACAGAUGGGUCUUCAGCCUUAGUGUGUAUUCAUGAGAAUACAAUGGUAUAAAAAAAAGAUCACUCCUGUAACAUUGUGUCGCUGAACCUCUGUUGUCUUGUUCAUGUAUGGCCAUGUGUUGAAAAACCUGAGACAGAUGUAAUUGCGUUCUCUUGAUGACUGACUUCAGUUUGCUCGUUUGUCCCUGAUGCAGUGAGGUGUACAUGUUAGUAAAUCACCAUCAAAUAUAUAUAUAUAUGUAUGUAUAUAUACAUAUAUAUAUAUUGUUAACCCCGAGCCUUCCCUACUAAAGCUUUAUGUCAGUCAUUUUGACUUAUGAUGGCAUGACUUAAAACUUAUAAACUGCCAUCAAAUGAAUGGAAGACUUUGUGCUGUGAAAUCUAAUGUUUUCAAAAGAGAAAUACUUUCACAGCCACAUUCUGAAAUCUGUAUAAGAGCUUAUAGUUCUGAAAUACCUUUUUAUGGUGAAUGUUUGGGGUUACUGGUACACAUGAAACAUGGAUAAACUGCAGAAUUUGUUAUUGAAUGAAAUUCAUCUUAAAGGUCUCGAUAUAAGGUGAUGAUUUUUUUUUAUAUGCACCCAAAUGUAAUCUGAAGUCAAUUCUAAACUUUAACUUUCCAGAGCAGUAGUGGGCUCAGUGUCUGUGCCUGUCCAACAUUUGAGAUUGGGUAUAUCCGUGUUUGUUGAUGAAACUAUUUAUGUCAGAAAUACUAUUUUUUGAUGUCAUGCAUGAGAUGUUAUGUGGAGCUAAAUACAUGCAGCUGUUGCUUGAUUUUCGAAAGACGUUUCCUCAGUGAAUUGAAGUGCAGUUGUCUGCUUUGCCCCGAUGUGUUUCACCAGCAGCCAUCCCUUGAGGUGAGCCAGUGUUACCUACUCAGAGGAGGCUGAGGAUAUUUUACCUGUACACAUGGUGUCUGUGUUGAAUAAAAGUGUACUGUACUGUGAAUGCU